AUGUGGGCGGGUGCGUGUGUAUGGGUAUAUGUUGGUGAGUGUGUUUGGAUGAUGCAUUCAUUUAUCAUCUUUUUACUGUAUAUAAUUUCCGCUAUCUAUGCUGAUUCAAUGUACAUUGCACGUGAAAGCAAUUCUAAACUAAAAACACGAAACUAUACAACAAAGAUGAAAGCAGUAGCAGUAUUGCGUAGUGACACCGUUAAUGGAACCAUUUUCUUUCAACAGGAUAAUAAAAGUUCACCAGUAAUGAUUAAUGGAAAAAUUAGUGGUUUAACGCCUGGUUUGCAUGGUUUUCAUAUUCAUCAGUAUGGUGACAUGACAAACGGUUGCAUAUCUGCCGGUGCACAUUUCAAUCCGUUCGGUAAAACUCAUAGCGGUCCAACCGAUCAAGUAAAACAUAUUGGUGAUCUUGGAAAUAUUAAAGCUGGAGCUGAUGGCAUUGCUCAUAUUAAUAUUAGCAGUAAUUACAUAAAGUUAUCAGGUCCAAUUUCAAUAAUUGGACGUUCACUUGUGGUGCAUGCGAUGGAAGAUGAUUUAGGUAAAGGAAUUGGUGAUAAAAGGGAAGAAAGUUUGAAAACUGGUAAUGCUGGUAGCCGUGUUACAUGCGGUAUUAUUGGCAUUGCUGAUUCAAUUUAA